UGCUUGCACUCACACACACAGAGAGACAGAAAAGCGCUCAACAGUUUGAGUGAUUCUUGGGAGCAAAAACUUUAGUGAGAGUUGUUGUGGCUGUUGUUGCAUAUUUUUUGCACACAUACUUUCAGGCAGCUGAAGUUGCGAAAAUCGUUGCAUGCUUCUAGGUUGAGGCUGGCUAAUUAACCCUUGCGCUGGCCCGCCUAAUUAGCACUUGCCGAACUUUUGCAUGACUAAUUGACUUUUUUAUUUGUGCUUAUCAAUUAACUGAAUUUUAAUUGGCUCAAUACGUGUGUCGCCCAUUUCAUUCUGCAUUAAGUUUCAACACAUGCUAAUCGCUCGAGGCUAAAAAUUUUCCCAUUCGCAUUCCCAUUGAUCACGAAUCACACACAAAUUAGCACUUGAUCAAAAUAGAUCAGAAAUAUCAGAAAAUAUUUCGCAGUCAAUUCAAGUGCCAAUUUAUCAGCAAUUAACGAUAUGCCACAAAUUUUAACCAUCAACAGCAGCAGCAACUGUAAUAUUGAUAGAUUUGUCAAUUUGGUCGACAAACCUAAUGCUGACGUCACUAAUCGGAAAAUGAAAAUGUAUACAUGAGUAAAGACUACAAAAAAUUAAUACGAAAAAAAAAUAAAUUAAAUUUAUUGUCUGGAAUUUUUUCCAUAUUUAUCAGCAAAUAAUAAAAAAAUUUCUCACCUUCAAGUGACAUUUUACAAGCGUUUAAUAAUUGAAAAGUUUCUUCGAAAUAAUUUGACAUUUAUACGCUGGUAAAAUAUGAUGAAAUACAUAAAAAAACAAACACAUCUUCACACCUUUUCUCUUUGUGUAAGUGUGUGUGUGAGGAAAACAGUAGUCGAUCAAUUAGAACCAAAUCGGCUAAUUUACAUGUGUCAAUUACUGAACAAACAAUUCCCGAUUCCUGCCCUGCAUCUGUCUGCUGCCAUUUAACGGUUUCAUCCUCAUUAAACCUACUUCUCGAUAACUAUUAAUAGAUGAGCGCAUUUGUGCAGUGGACGGCCACAAUUCACACCCAAUAUCCUCAGACCGUCAAAUAAGCAGAUUGCGCCUGAGACUGCUUCAGUGCGGUGAGAGAGAAAGAGAGAGACCGCGAACCGAUCGUGCAAUGAGGGUGGGCUCUCUGUAAAAAUGCUCGCUCAUCAGUGCUCACGUGCUCUUCACAAAAGACUCGUUUUAUGCUUUGCAAAUACCCUAUAUUUACAAUGCACACGUGUGGGGUGUAUAAUGAAUUUUGCAAGCAAUAGCUAAACUAAAUAAAUAUUUAUAUAUACAUACAUAUACUUUUCGUGAUGACAGCAAUUGCUAUGCUUAAGUUUUAUAAUUUAUGUAUAAUCAUUAAAAUUUGUUUAUUCAAAACCUGCUAUAGGGUAACUCCUAAGUUAACAUGAUAUUCUCUUGAAACAACGCUCUCGCUGUGUCAAAAUGUGUUGGUUGUUAUUGUUGUGCUCUGCUGCUGUCGCUGCUGGUGUGCUGCUUUCGAUUGCUCUCCGUUUAAAAACGUGCUGCGACAGGAACAGUAAAUUAUUACGUCCAGAAGCGUGCGACCGGAAAGACACUGCGAUCGCGGAUUAUAUUCGAUCGCAUAAGUUCAACUUUUAUCAAACAACAACGACGAAUUCUGUCGUCGUUUGGCUAUCAAAGUCCUAAAAGAAUCAUAAAAAAAUAAAAGAAAGAAACAAGUUAAAAACGAUAAAAUGGACAUAAGUACAUAAAUAAAACGCAAGAAACGUUUGUCUUGCGGUUGUUAUUGCCAUUUUGUGUGUAUGUAGAGAGCUAGUGUGUUUGUGAUUUUCUUUCGUCCGUUCCCGUUGCGGACAUCUCCGAUCGUCAUCGGUUUUUGAUCGUGUCUAUCUGUUUUUGGUGUUGUUUGUGUUAUCGACGCGUUUCUUUCAAAUAUUAAUUGGUUCGUCGCAAAAGCGAUUUGUUUUCUGUUACAAACACACACCCCGCCGACACGUCACAAUCCGCGCGAUACUUUUGCCUGAGAUCACAUCGCACACAGUGGAAAAUUUUCGUAAAAGCAGAUGUGAAAUUUUACAGUAACCUCUCAACGGAAAAAAAAAACGAAAGAAAGAAAGAAAAAAAAACAUAGUCCGCAGCGCCUCCUCUCCCUGCCCCGGCACCUUUGACCACCGAAUGCCGAGAUAUUUGGAGCGUAAAUUCAAACAGAGCCCAAUGCAAGUGCCCGGGUCCAGCCGUCUGGAAAUUAUCAAAUAAAUAGCAGGAGCAGCCUGGAGGCAUCUAAACCAUCUCCCCAAUCAGGAUCCAAUAAUACUUUGAACCGUUAAGGAGACGACGACAACGGCGCCAAAAUGAGCUUCAGUUCGGCCAGUGGCCGUGAGAACAAUGUUCGCAAAUUGUCCUUUUUGGGCUUCAAUACCAAGAAAAAGUCCGGCAAUGAGGAUCCCGAUGAAGUGUUGCUGGACUCGGAAAUGGACAAGGUCUUUGCCGGCUCAAGUAAGCGCAAAGAGAAGUUCGAUGUAAACACUUUCCAAGACAACAGCCAGCAGCCGAUUGGUUCGCGUAAAAAAAGCGUUCGCGCAAAUGAUCUUAAUAUAGAGGAGGACUCGGAAUACGAGAGCCAAACAGAGCCGUUAAAUAAUAAUGCACAAAACUAUGAUGAUAUACCCGAAGAUUUCCCACUAGUCUCGGAGCGUGCCGGACACGGCGAUCACUCGGACAACUCGGCCGAUGAGAAGCACGUGCAGUUCGGUGAUGCCAAAAAGAAGAUUGUCAUCACACCGCCCAGUCUGACCUAUGAUGAGCAGCCGACGGACCAAUCGCACGAACGCAAACGCAGAAAAAGCCGACAUCAGUAUUAUAGACAACGUAAAUUCUCACAUCAGGACAGCGUGGAAGCCAAAAAGACACUCGAGGAGAAUGGUGAUGCAGGUGCGCGUAGGAUCUCUGUGCAGCCUGAGGACACGGCAUUGGAGAGAAAUGCCGAAACGCCGGCCACACAGGAAGCUGAUCUCAACGAGCUGAGAUCACAUCGUUCGGAUGAUCCGCGCGCCUUGCGACGCCACAAAAUCCAUCAUUCAUCCAUCAAGUUGCGCGAUCUGCCGCAAAUCACAAUUUCACCGUUUCUAAACAAGAAGGCCGAGAUCGAUCACAGUCCACAUGAGAUCUUCGUUCAAUUGGAUGAGCUUACGGGCGUUGGCGAGGAUCGUGAGUGGAAGGAGACGGCACGCUGGAUCAAGUAUGAGGAGGAUGUGGAGGAGGGCUCCGAUCGCUGGGGCAAACCGCAUGUUGCCUCUCUCUCAUUCCACUCGCUGCUCAAUUUGCGUCGCUGCCUGGAAACGGGCGUUGUGCUCCUCGACCUCAACGAGAAGGAUCUGCCAGCAGUUGCCUAUCGCGUAGUCGAGCAGAUGGUCGUCGAUGAUCUUAUCGAUAUCAAUGAUAAGCCUUCGGUGAUGCGUUCGCUGCUGUUGCGUCAUCGCCAUGUGAACGAGCAUCAGGGCGUGCUGCCCUUCACCAAGCGCAAGCACAGCAGCUACACCAGUCUCCAGCAUCUAAUACCCAAAUCGCUUCUUUGGAUGGGCACCGAGGCGACACAACAGCUGCAGCAGCAACAACAACAGCAGCAACAACUACAACAACAACUAUAUCAACAACAACAACAACAAUACCUGCAACGAACUUCGAAAGCGAGACGCAGCAUCUGUGUGACAUCCAGUGUGCCACCAGCGGCAGUGCUCAAUGUGGGUGCCACAGAUCAUCGGCGACACUCGACCACAUCGUAUCUGGGUAAUCUAUCUGGCACCGAUGACAAGAAGAUCCGGAUUAUGCCAGCCAAUGACAUUGGUGGCAGCAAGCGCAGCAAUGAGCUCAAAAUUGACAUGAAGGACGACAUGUACUCCUCGUCCCAAGAGGACCUCAAGAAGCUCCAGAAUGACACCAUACUCAAGCGCAUACCAGCGGGCGCCGAGGCAACCACUGUCUUGGUCGGUGCCGUUGAGUUCCUGGAACAACCAACGAUUGCCUUUGUGCGUCUGUCGGAGGGUGUGCUAAUGCCGACACUGACGGAGGUGCCGGUGCCGGUGAGGUUUAUGUUUGUGCUGCUGGGUCCGCGUAACUUUGAUCUGGACUACCAUGAGGUGGGUCGUUCCAUCUCCACACUGAUGGCCAACGAGCACUUUCAUGCGAUUGCCUACAAGGCCGACGAUCGUCGCGAUCUUCUCUCUGCCAUCAAUGAGUUCCUCGAUGAUUCGAUUGUGCUGCCCCCCGGCAAUUGGGAUCGUCACGAUCUGUUGCCGUUCGCCGAGCUGAAGGCCAAGAAAGACUGGAUUCGCACGCGCAAGAUUAAAGCGUUGCGUGUGAAGCGCGACAGCGAAAUGAUCAAGAUCGGACGUGACGAGGAGAAGGCACUGCUCGAGAAGCAGGCCGUGCUGCGUGCCAUUCGAGCGGGACCCGGCGGUGAUCCGGGUGACGAUGGCGGCGACGAUGAUAGUUCCGAUGGCAAGAAAAAGAAACCCAGUCCCAUGGACAAAACGCAUCGCUUGUGGGGCGGACUUCGCAACGAUCUGAAGCGACGCAUGCCCAUGUACAAGAGUGAUAUAUUCGAUGGCCUCAACACGGAGACCUUGGCUGCCACCAUCUUCAUGUAUUUUGCCUGCCUCUCUACUGCGAUCACAUUUGGUGGCCUGGUCUCGGCGAAGACGGACAGCUGGAUUGGCAUAUCGGAAACGUUGAUAGCCUGCUCACUGGUCGGCAUCGUCUUUCAUUGCUUAUCCUGCCAGCCAUUGGUCAUCAUUGGCACCACGGGUCCACUGCUACUCUUUGACGAGGCUCUGAUGGUCUUUUGUACGGAGAACAAUUUUGAUUUCCUAUCGUUGCGUGUCUAUGUCGGCAUCUGGCUGAUCAUCAUUGCGCUGUGUGUCUCCGCCUUUGAGGGCAGUGUCUAUGUGCGUCUCCUGACGCGCUUCACCCAGGAGAUCUUCUCCGCUUUGAUCACCCUCAUCUAUAUCGUGGAGACACUGAUGAAGCUCGUCUCGAUAUACAAAAUGAAUCCGCUACGAGCCGAUUAUAAUUUGCCGCCGCCAACAUUGCUCGAAUACGAGAAUGCCACCAACUUUAAUAUGAGUCUUAGUUUUGCGAAUAUCUCGUCGACCUUUGCACCGCCAGCGUCCUCGAACAAGCUGCCCACCAAUCAACCAAAUACGGCUCUCUUCUGCACCAUACUCACCCUGGCCACCUUUGUUGUGGCCUACUAUCUGAAACUAUUCCGUAAUUCGCACUUUUUGGGCCGCAAUGCGAGGAGAGCGCUGGGUGACUUCGGUGUGCCCAUUUCCAUAGCGAUAUUUGUGCUUGUGGAUUACCUGGUGCCAUCGGUGUACACCGAGAAACUGGUCGUGCCAGAGGGUCUCUCGCCCAGCGAUCCGACGCGACGUGGCUGGUUUAUUGGCUUCAACACAAAUCUGGAUACUUGGGUGCCGUUCGCCUGUGUGGUGCCCGCUCUGCUCGUCUAUAUACUCAUCUUCAUGGAGUCACAGAUAUCGGAGUUGAUCGUGGACAAGCCGGAUCGUGGCCUCAAGAAGGGUUCUGGCCUGCACUGGGACAUUGUGCUCCUCUGUCUGCUGAACACCUUCUGCGGUCUCUUUGGAAUGCCCUGGCAUUGUGCGGCCACAGUCCGAUCGGUGACCCAUGUGUCCUCCGUCACGAUUAUGUCACGCACACAUGCACCCGGUGAAUCGGCGCGUAUCAUUGAUGUGAAGGAGCAGCGUUUGUCCGGCUUCUUUGUGUGCGUCAUGAUUGGGCUGUCGGUGCUGAUGUCGCCACUGUUGCGCCUCAUCCCCAUGGCGGUGCUCUUUGGCGUCUUUCUCUACAUGGGCGUUGCGUCGAUGAGUGGCGUGCAGUUCUUUGAACGCAUAAGACUGUACUUUAUGCCGGUGAAGCAUUAUCCGCCCACGAACUAUGUGAAACGUUUGCGACCGUGGAAACUGCACGUGUUUACCACCAUUCAGGUGUUGUGUCUCGUCAUCCUCUGGACUGUCAAGUCAUCCAAGUUCUCGUUGGCCUUCCCCUUCUUCCUGAUCAUGAUGGUGCCGAUACGGUUUCAAUUGAAUGCUCUCUACAACGAAGAGGAAUUGCAAGCGUUGGAUGGCAACGAGGUAAAAACUGAUGGCGAGGAUGAACCCGAUUUCUACGCACAAACAAACUUACCAGCCUAGUGACUUACCAUCAAUAGGAGCCGACAAUUAGCCAGGCUCGGAUUUUGGCCAAAACUAAAUAUAAAUUUAGUCGUAUGGAAAGUAUUAGUAGCCGCGUCCCAACAAAUACAACAACUGCAACAGCAGCAACAACAGCAACAAAAAACUAAAAAAAACUAAUCUAGAAACGCAUAACGAAAAUGUUUGUGACGAAAAUUCUGGUGAUCGUGUUAACGAACUACCUGCAAUAGUAUUUAGAGACAAAGAUGUAGCAUAUAUAACAAACAAACAAAACAAACCUGAAAACCUAUUAGAGAUUAAAGAAAGUAGAGUUUGAAGCAGUCAUCUGAAUACAGAGAGAGCUGCUGAAACUAAAGCUGAAAGUUAAGAGGAAUGAAUGAAUGAAAACGUUGUACCUAAAAUGAAACAUGACAUGAUGUUUGGUAGAGCAAAAGUAACGAAAUAGAAAUAUAUAUAUAUAUAUAUAUGUUUUGCAAUAUAUAUAUAUAUCUAUACAGAAUCUGUAUAUGAUCAAAAUAUAUAAACAAAACUCUACUCGUGUAUUAUCGUUAAAUGAUAAGCGAUUACCCUUAACCGAUUCCGUUUCUAAUCCUGAUAAUAUAUAUAUACAAGCAAAAGACUCUUAAUUCGUUAAGCAUUAGGGUGAGCACCUAGGACCUUACAUUAUGCCUUAUGACAAGAUGUUUGCUUAGCGAAAAUAUAUAUCUAAACAAAGACACAAACUAACUUUGCAUCACAAAAACACAAACAAAAAAACGAAAAACAAAAAAUGGAGUAUAUAUUAAUUUGGUUCGGUUGUUGAAUAUUUUCUCGAUUCGCGCGUAUUAUUAGCAAUAAAUAAAUAGUUUUGCAUAUGCAUACAUCUUACCUACAUGUAUAUUUAUAUAUAUAUGUGUAUUUACAAUAAUUGAAUCGGUUUAGUCUCAUCGAAAGAGCAAUGAAAAUGGGGAAGCAGAAGAAGCAUGUUUCAAAAGAAAAUCAUAAAACUAUUUAGCUUCAAACUGACGUAGUGAUAAUUAGUGUCAAACACACACAAAACAAAUCCCAAAAUCCUAAAUAACAAAAACAGAAAAUCAAAAAAAAAAAAAUCACAAAAUUAUAUAAUUAAAGUUUAAAAUAAUACAGAAAAUGUUUGCGCGCACACUUAUAAAGUGAAUGCUCCUUUGUGACGUAGCCGCUGUAAGUUUUUGCCUUUAUUUUGAAAUUACGUACACUUACGAGAUAUUUGUAUUAGUUAUAAUCCAUUUCAUUAGAUAAUCCGUUCGGAGCAAUUCUAACCUAAUUUUAUGUAACUUGUAUCUAUGUAAUUGUACUCGAACGAUACUUACACUUAAGUAGUUGUUGUCUAGUUUGUUUUAUUGAAAUUCAAAUAAAAAUUAUAUCAAAAUAAA